UGGUCAUCAUAAUUAUUUGAUGACGCAGCUUCUGGUUUCGCAACCACCCUUUUGUACACAGGAUCUAGCUUUAAAUAAUUUAGCACGGGGAGCUAAAAAGGUGGUACAUUCAAACUCAGGAGGCAGGACACACGGAGAGAGCUUCAUCUCAUCUAGUCAUCCACCCCCUCCUUACACGCAGCUCCUCAGUCAGGCUCUUUUACCCUGUGCUUCAAUCAAGCUGUAUAUCAAUCCAUUCUUUCAUCCAUACAUACAUUCUUUUAUCUCACCAGGCACCACAGUGUCUAGCUGAUGUCAACUCACCUCAGGUAAGGAGCUUUCUUGGAUGGGGUGUCAGUCUCUCGGCACCACCUUGUUAAUCAGCCACCAUGGAGGAAUUCCAGAGAAAACUGAAUCAACACUACGAAGGCACCAAGCCCAGAAAGGUGAGGUUCAAGCUAGCAUCGUCCUACAGUGGGCGGGUACUGAAGCACGUGUAUGAGGACGGUCAGGAGCUGGAGAGUCCAGAGGAGAAAUACCCUCACAGCUUUGUUCACCGCAAGAUCCCUCCCAGCCACCUGGAGGUGGAGCAGCUCUGUGGGUUUGAGGAUGCUCAUGGGGACCAACAGAGUGUCUAUCCUCCAACAGGGCUCAUUGCCCAGAGAAUAAACGUGUACAGAGGAAUGGGAAGCUACAAGCCUGCUACAGGCCAGACUGAGGAAGCAGAAGGAGAUGCCAAAUCUUCAGUGUUGGACUUUGGUAAGAUAAUCAUCUACACCAGCAAUCUGCGCAUCAUCAGAGCACCACAGAGGAAGCCUGAAGCGUUGCGGCACUACACAGUGCCCCCUGGGGACUUGGAUGGAUACCCAAAAGCCAGGGAGAGGGGGAGCAGGAGGAGGGCUAAAGCUCUUUGUACACAGGAUGGGGAGGAGAAGGAGGAGAAACAUAUUAGCGACGCAGAAACCAAGGAGGCCAACAGCUGCCAGCAUUGUGGUGGUUCGGGCUGCGCUCCCUGCUCUCUGUGUCACGGUAGCAAGCUGUCCAUGCUGGCGAACCGCUUCAAUGAGUCCAUCAGUGAUCUGCGUUGCCAAGCCUGCUACCCCCAUGGUCUGGAGAAGUGCCAGUCCUGUUCCAGCAAAUAGCACUGUUUGGCUGACACCCAUGAGAGAGAGAGACAGAGAGAGAGAGAGAGAGAGAGAGACAGAGAGAGAAAAAGAGAGAGAGAGAGAGAGAGACUUUGUGUGUAGUCCCCAUGUGCUAAGGGUUUUAGCACAAUUGUCUCAGCGGCAUAUUAUUGUUCUAAUCCAAAGUGUUCUUGGUGGGGUGUUUUGAAGCACUACUAGGAAACAUAAGCCAUCACUGGAAAGGGGAAUUAUAAAUUGUGCAGCCGGCACAAAAUCAUAAAAUACAAUUACUGUGUGCAGUGAACAUGGCUUGCGAUAACCCAAAUACAUAAUCACCUCAUUGUUGUCACACCCUUCUUCCUGAUAAAAUCGGGUUCCACGACAGAGUUAUCAGUUUAAUUAAAAUGAUGCAAACAUGCUUGCUUUGUAUUUCAUGUACUGGAAAGGCUGCUCUGUUCCUGUCUCCUCUCUCCAUUCAACAGAGAGAAGAAAACCAUUUAUAUCCCAACAUGAUGUACUGUAUGAAGGUAACUGAUGCCUCCUUCUUCAAUGAUUAAAGAGCCCAACCAAGCAAUGCUGAAAUGCUCUCCUGGUUUAAGGACGGUAAGAAGAUGACACAGAGGGCUCUAUUUUAAAGAUCUAAGCGUAUGGCGUGACGCACAUGACACAGGUGCAUUUGGGGCAGAAAACAUAGGCCGGGCGCAUGGUUCAAAAGGGUUAUACUUAGUGUCUUCAUUAAUUCAUAAGUAUGUUUUGGGCGUAACAUGCAAUAAACCAAUCAGCGUACCAUGUCCCAUUCCCUUUAAAAGCAGGCGCGUUUGUACCUUGGCGCAUUGCUAUUAUGAUGGCGGAUUUGCACCAUAAUAUUUGUUUGUUUUUUUAACUAGCGAUAGAUAGAGAUAAGAAAAGGAGAACAGUUAAAUAAAUGUCAAUAGUGGGCCCGCUCAGGAGGUUAAAUGGUGGCAAUUACAAUGUUUUUUUUAAAUUAGUCUCAUUCUCAGGUUAUUGCCAUACAAAUUUAGUUUAAGAUUUAAUUUUAAAGCUUUACCCAUACAGUAGGAGAAUUAAAUAAAACUCCUAAUUUUUAUUGUGUCUAGCUGCUGUUUGAAAGUUGUGCUAUAUUUAUUUUGUGUUAGAUUAUUAACACAGCAGGGUUAUCAUAUCACCAACACCCUUGACUAAUAUUUAAUUAUUAAAAUGUAGCAAAUGUAGUCUAUAAAGAUAGCAAAGGUCAUAGAUGGUCACCAUAUGUGUGCAUGAGUCGAGGAUUGAUUCUUUUGCUAUUACAUCAAAAAUGUUUGAUAUGUACGGCUGUUAUCUUGCAAAAAUCUAAAUGCUCCCUGUAGUCGAAGCAGCAUCAUAAUUCUAACGGGAACGUCUAUGACUGUAAUGUGUGAAAAUCAUUUCUUAAAUGUUUGAUGUUUUCACCCUGGGUUAGGAAUGUUUGUUUGUGUCUUCCCAGCUUAAAAAACAAAAUGAAACCUAACAAUAAAAACAAAUGCAACACA